AUGGAGGGAGACAAAUCCCGACAUGUUACCCCCAUUGACACCCGGAAUGGGCAUGAACAAAUUAGGAGAGGCCCUACCGCCUACUCCGCAACGAGAACAAUUGCCUUCACCAGAGUCGAGGACAACAACUCCAAGUGGGAAAGGCGAUUCCUACAAAGGGACACAGAAGUUGCCGACUUGCGAAGAAGGCUUGCAAUGCAACCACUGCAGCCACAGCAGCAGAUGGACCGGCCCAUCGAACAAGGAGCCGGAUACAGAAAAAUCGCAUUAGCCAAACCUGAACCGUGUGACGGUAAUAAGAAGAAGUUCCAGAACUUCUUCAAAUCAUUACAGCUCCAUUUCAGGGCAAACCCAGAAUAUUUCCGGAUAGAAGCAAACAAGAUUAAAAAGAUGCUUGCGGAAGAGAGGACAGACGUUGAAGAGAUGGAGCAACUUGAAAGCUGGGCUCGCUUUGAAUCCAUGCUAAAAGAACAUUUCCAAGACGCAUUUGAAGAAGAGAGAAGCAAGUACGAGAUAAUGUACUUGAAACAAGGUACCCUGACGGUGCAGAAAUACUUUGUAAAAUUCGAAGCAACAAGAAGACGAGCAGGAUAUAAUGUGAAAGGGAAUGAACAAUCCCUGAUCACAUUAAUCAGAAACAAUAUCAACGCCCCCUUGAUCAAACAGAUUAUAUACCCAGGAAACAUCCCUAAAACAUACACCGAGUGGAAAACGAGGAUCAUUACUAAUGAUCAAUUGUGGUCUCGCCCUAAUGAUCAAUUGUGGCGAGACCAAGCAGAAAACGAGAGGAUGAUGAAGGGUAUGGCCGGCAGCAGCUCUGGUUCCGGAAACCAGGGACCCAAUGGCCGAUACCGAGGAGAGGGCGCUUCAGAGAAGAAGGCCAAGACGGUGGAAGAAAGGAAAGACGGGACUGGAACCACAUAUGGUGGAGCCGGUCAAAGAAUGGAAGUAGACAAGGCAAAGUACCAAGCAGAAGGCAGAUAUGCUUCCCUCUCUGUUGAUAAUCUUGAUGCAUAUACCAAUGAAAAUAAGAUUGCAUUAUUUAAAGAUACACAAGAUUUGAAACAGAAAGAAAAGCAAUCUACAGAGGAGAACCUGAAAGGCAAACAGGUUAAAAAGAUUCCCAAAACAGAAACAACUAGGGCACAGAAUGAAGCGACUCAAUUGGGUAGCACUUCUGAGACUGAUGCCCUGACACAUUCUGAAGCGGCGCGCAAGGUAUCCAAAGGGGAUGGAACCACAAAAAGGGCAGCAAAAAAGGAGACAACUGAAGUACAGAAUGCAGUGACUCAAUUGGGUAGCACCGAUAAUACUGAUACUUCGACCAGCUCCAAAGAGACAGCUGCAUGGAUAGCGGAAAGGCUAUGGGACCAAAAGGAAGAAAGAUUUAUUGAACUAAACACCCUACCGAUUCACGAAACAGUAGCGGCAUUGGAAGAAUUGAGAAAGCCCAAACAAUUCAUCAGAGGCACUCAAGGAAACCAAAUGAGCAUAACUUGCAGACUCACAAACCUCGGAAUGUAUCAAUCAACGACGAUAGAUGCAUUACUAGACAGCGGUUGUACCGGAAGUUGUAUAGAUUCAAAAUUUGUUGAAGAACAGGGAUAUGAAAGGCAAAAAAACCCUAGACCAAUUCCAGUUUACAAUGCCAACGGCACCCUUAACCGGGAUGGAAGCAUUAAAGAAUUCAUAGAACUAUUAGUGGAGAUAGACGACCAUGCCAAAAGACUUCAGCUGGCGGUUACCAAUCUCGGAACCAGCUGA